AUGUCACCCUUUGCCCGCUCUUCUACUUAUAGGCUCCGUACUGCUGCUGCUGCUGAUGGGCUCAUUCUCUCAUGGCCUGACCAAAUCGGUGCCCAGAACAAGGUAGCGAUGGUGGGGGCCUCGUCCGCCUAUUCUGCUUCGGCCGACUUGCUCGAAUCACAACGCCGCUCGUCCCUUGCAGUUCUCUCAGCGCACCGAGUCCUUUUCUUGAAGGAACGGCGACGACAAAAGUUCCCCAGCAGCGCGGGGCCCGGACACGGCGAUGUAGCCCUCUCCGGAGCACAACCGUCCCCCCCCCCCCGCAGGCCGGUAAUAAUAAGAAAUGGCACAAUGAUACUGGACGGUCUGCUCUUCAGUGCUCUUCAACCUUUUGAGGGCUCGUCCCAACCUCGUUCCACCAACAUUCGCACCACAUCACACACAUACGGCGGCAUAUCAAUCAGCCCUAACUUUGCAAUCAUGUUGCCUUCUGUCCAUGCCAUGGCUGCUGCCGCUCUGGCCUGUGCCGUCCUCACCCUUGGUGCCCCUAGUUGCAUGCCCACCGAGCAGCCGAAUUCGAAAAGGGCCCGCGCCGCCCAUAGCCCGUACUCUCUGUACCGAUCAUCAGAGCUUGCCAACAAGUCAUUGCCCAGCGUCGCCAUUCGGUCUGGUCGCUCAUAUUUCCUGCGGAGUGAGCUCGACGCUGUUGGCUCGUUGGCCGCGGCAGCCGCUGGAGUGAAGCUGCUUCUCAUUGCAUUGCGAGAGAUUUCAAAGAAGUCGCUUCUGAUUGACGAUGAGUUGCGCAGCGAGAUCGGGCCCGAGGCCACCAGCGGGUUUCUAUGCAAAGCGCUGUUCCUUUUCGCUCGACGCAUGCUCGCCGUUGGCUUUCGGACCCGGAUUCUCAAUGAGCAUCUAAAUCGCCUCGGCCCUGAAUUCUCGCCCCAGCUACUUCACAAACAGCUGACUACAAGAUGGCGCCCAAGACCACACGGGCCUACGCCUCGCCACUCCUUGGCCAGAGCCUGUCUGAAAGCCUGGAGGCGCAGCUUCCUCGACUCGAUUCUCUGUCGGCUGGCCCUCACCGUGUGCAACUUUUCACAGCCCUUUAUUUUGAGUCGCAUUAUCGGGUUUAUUGGGCACCGAGACGAGGAGCCCCUCCAGACGCAAACACGGACGCAAUACGGCUUGCUGGGGGCCUCUGCCAUUGCCUUUUACGGAAUCGCCUUUUCUCGAGCUGUAUUCGCCCAUGGCAUGAAUCGAUUUGUUACCCGCUUGCGUGGUGGCCUGAUUAGCCUGAUCCUUCAUAAGGAGCACAAGCUGGUGGAAGCAGAAGCAAGGAAAGCGGCCGCGGAAACGUUGAUGAGCGCUGAUAUCGAUGGUAUAGCGACUGGUGUCCCGCGCUGCCUCGAGAUUCCCAUCGGAAUGGUCGAGAUUGGGCUUGGCAUUUAUAUGCUGUCCAGCUUUACCGGACUGUCUGCCUUGGUUGUGAUUGCGCCCAUGACUUCAACGACCAUUGCCGCUUACAUUAUCGGACUGCGCUUGGCGUCGUUGUUUUCAGCAUGGAACAAAUCUAUCGAGACUCGAAUCGCCAAGACUUCUCGGAUCUUGUCUCAGAUCACGGGGAUCAAGACACUUGGGCUGGGACCUACUGUCGCUGUAUUUCUUCAGCAGCUUCGUAUCGACGAGAUCGAAACGUCAAAGGCCUUCCGGCAGCUGCAGGCGUUGAGCAUGGUACCGAACAUGCUUGGCGAUUUAAUCACACCACUUGUCGUGAUUGCUGCGGCAUUGUUUGGAACAGCUUUUGGAGGCAAGAUGGAGGCGGUCAAAGUCUUUCCUAUCCUGACCGUGGUUUCCCUCAUCCAGAGACCCCUGCUCUCUGUUCUGCAGUCGUUCUCGACCGUUUCAAGCAUGCUGGCUUGUUUCUCCCGCAUCCAGAGCUAUCUAUGUCUCCCCGAUUGGAAAGAUUGCCGAGCAGCUUCCACUUGGACACCGAGCACUGAAGAGUGCAGCCCCUCGACGCCACAGCAGCCAAACAACAGCAUGAUAUAUUUCGACAAUGCCGAUCUUGCACCCUAUGGAACGACCGAGGCACUGUUGCGCGGGGUCAGCUUUCGAAUCUCACCGGGCUCCAUUACUGCCGUUAUUGGCUUGACAGGCUGUGGCAAGUCGACGCUUUUGCGAGGUGUGCUCGGCGCUGUCGAGGUGCUUGCCGGGUCAAUCAAGGUCAACACAAGCGAUGUUGCGUACUGCGGGCAGGUUGUCUGGCUCCGAAACACGUCGAUCCGAGAAAAUAUCACCGGCCAUCUCCCCUACGACAGUGCAAAGUUUGCCCGCGUCAUUCGGGCCUGCUUUCUCGAGGAUGACCUCCAAUGGCUCCCUGGCGGAGAGGAUUACAUCGUCGGCACGAAUGGAGCGAAUCUGAGCGGCGGCCAGCGACAGCGCGUCGCAAUCGCCAGGACUGCAUACUCGGAGUGUGCCGUGAUUGUGCUGGACGAUGCAUUCAGCUCAUUGGACUCGGAAACCGCCGUUACUCUACUCUACCAGCUUUGCGGCAAGAGAGGACUUUUCCGCCAAGCUGGGUGUACGGCGCUCAUCGCUACCUACUUGCCGGCCUGCCUGGACUUGGCCGAUCAGGCAAUUUAUAUCGAUGGCCUGGGAAAUGCCACGCUCAAGUCCAUGCAGCAGCUCUCGCAGUAUACGGGACUCUUGGCAGCGGCCUUGAGCACUGUCAAUACCAAUGCAUCGGCGGUCCAAGAGACGAGAGACCUCGCCAAUCUUCGCCGGUCCCUGGAUGCAAGCCGUCCCGCUUCUUCGGACGCAAACGACGAUGCGGUGCGCCAGCGCGGCAGCCUGUCUCUCUAUGCCAUCUUUAUACACCCGAUUGGUUGGAUCAGUGCCGCUCUGUACGCUGUUCUCCUCACUUUUUCCGCGGGCACAGAAGUCAUGCCCGAGAUCUACAUCCGAAUCUGGAUCGACGUCGACCCAACCAACGAGUCCUUCUUCGCCGGCUAUACGUUGCUCAUUGCGACUGCUUGUCUUACCGCCUUGCUGCAGUACUGGCUGCUCUACACACAGCUCUGCCCGCGCGCAUCGGCGAGUCUGCACAAGGACAUUGUACGGGCCACGCUCGGAUCGACGCUUUGCUUUGUGUCGACGACAAAGACUGGAACGCUGGUGAAUCUCUUCAGCCAAGACAUGACCUUGAUCUCCAGAGACUUGCCCGCCGCUCUUCUCGCAGUACUGUAUGCCGCCUCCAACGCCGUGUCUAACAUUGGCAUUGUUCUUUCUGGCGCGACGUAUCUCUCUUGCGUAGUACCCGCGCUCCUUCUUGCCUUGUACUUUAUCCAGCGCUACUACCUGCGCACAUCCCGCCAAGUUCGGCUCAUCGACCUGGAGAUGAAGUCCCCGCUGUAUACCUACUUUGAGGAGACUGCCGCGGGGCUGAUGCACAUUCAAGCGUUCAAGUGGGAGGAGAAGAACAUUGAACGCGGGCUCACGCUGCUCCAGGACUCGCAGAAGCCGUACUAUGCUCUGCUCACCAUCCAGCAGUGGCUCCGGCUCGUCCUUGGCUUGCUGAAUGCAUCGCUUGGCACGCUCCUUGUGGCGCUGUCCCUCUUCUCGCGGCACGGCUCCUCCCAGUCAGCCAUUGGCCUGGCCUUUAUGGGCCUCAUAUUUGUCAGUGCAUCGCUUGAGCUGACCAUUGACGCCUGGACGAGGCUCGAGACGUCUUCCGGGGCGCUGAGCCGGAUUUCGCAGUUUCGGGAGCGCACGCCGCAAGAGCCGCGCCAGUCGCGGGACAAGCUGCCCGAGAACUGGCCCUCGCUCGGACAGGUCGAGUUCAUCAAUGUCUCUGCCUACUACUCCGACGACCCCGCCGCGCCGCCGGCGCUGGACAAUAUUUCUCUCGCCGUCUACCCCGGGCAGCGCAUCGGCAUCGCCGGCCGGAGCGGCGGCGGCAAGAGCACGCUUCUCCUGACCAUGCUCGGAUUUCUCGCCUACAAGGGACGACUGGAAAUCGACGGCGUCGACGUGGCCUCUGUCUCGCGCGACGAGCUCCGGUCGCGUCUCGUCACCAUCACGCAGGACCAGAUCGUGUUUGACGCAAGCGUGCGCACCAACCUGCUGCCCUUUGCCAUGAACGACGCGGCCGGCGGCGGCGGCGGCGGCGGCGCGCCCGGGGACGAAAAGGCGGCGGCCCAAAAGGACGCCGCGCUCGAGCGGCUGCUCAAGGACCUGCGCAUAUGGGCGCCGCUCACCGGCAAGGGCGGCCUCGACGCCAUGAUGCACGAGGUGGGCUACUCCAAGGGCCAGCGGCAGCUGCUCUGCAUCGCCCGCGCGAUCCUGCGACAGCGCGAGACGGGGUCCAGGGUGGUUUUGGUAGAUGAAGCGACCAGUAGUGUGGAUUCGUCGACGGAAGCGACGGCUCACCGGGUCAUGAGGGACAACUUCCGCGGCUGCACCGUCUUGACCGUGGCGCAUCGUCAGUCGAGCUUGGCCCAUGUCGAUGCUGUUGUUCGGCUGCAUCGAGGAGUGCUCCUUGGCUCGGCCCAAGAGCGAACUGAGUCGGAUUCAUCCGACGAGGAGGUGUAA